AUGCAGGCGAAUCGAGUCGCAUCGCUCUUCGGCGUGCAGUACCCCAUCGUGCAGGGCGGCAUGGUCUGGUGCAGUGGAUGGCGUCUGGCGUCUGCCGUGAGCAAUGCAGGCGGUCUCGGCCUCCUGGGCGCCGGUUCCAUGAAGUUCGACGUUUUCCAGCAUCACGUUCGUCGCUGCAAGGAGGCCGCGAAGAAGCCCUUCGGCGUCAAUGUUCCCCUCAGCCGCGAUAUGGCGCAGUACAUGGACCUCAUCAUCGAGGAGAAGGUGCCGAUCGUGUUCACGAGUGCCGGCAGCCCUAAGCUGUGGACUCAGAAGCUACAGAGUCACGGGAUUAAGGUGGUGCACGUCGUACCCAGCUGCAAGCUCGCUCUCAAGUGCGAGGCGGCAGGGGUCAACGCCGUCGUAGCUGAAGGGUUCGAGGCCGGUGGUCACAACGGGUUGGAGGAGAUCACCACGAUGGCGCUGAUCCCGCAGGUGCGUAAGGCUCUGGCGCCUGAGAUUCCCCUGCUCGCAGCAGGCGCCAUUGCGAGUGGAGAAGCGAUGCUGGCAGCUAUGGCCCUUGGUGCGGAGGGCGUCCAGGUAGGCACGCGCUUCGCGGUCACACAAGAAAGCUCGGCGGCAGAGGCGUUCAAGAAGAGCUGCACGGCGGCAGGUGAGGGGGACACGUACCUCACACUGAAGCAGUACAUGCCGACUCGUGUCAUGCUGAACGACUAUGGCAAAGAGGCCCGCCGCCUCUCUGAAUCUGGCGCCACCAAGGCGCAGCUGGAGGAGUUCCGGGGAAAGGGCCGCACCAAAAAGGGCAUAUUCGACGGUGAUGUGACGAACGGCGAGCUCGAGAUUGGCCAAAUCGUGUCGGCAUGCAAGGACAUUCCGACCGCUGCGGAGGUGGUAGAGCGCAUUGUAAAUGAGUUCCGCACGCGCAACGCGCAACUUGCCAAGAUGAAUCUGUAG